GCGAAGUUCAACAAAUGUUGUACAUUAGAUUACAGAUGCUGUCACCGUAGCUUAUUAACGAUGUGAGCUUUCCAACUCCCCCGGGCCCCAAGGCCCUGUCGCUCACCCUAAACAUUUCCACCGUCGCCUACACCUCCGCGCUUCUGUCUCAGUGAAGCGAGCUCCUUUCAUACUGUAUCCUCGUACAAUGGGCCACACGCAGGCAGUCGAGAGCCCCUUUCUGGCCACCUUGAUCAAGGGCCAUAGAAUCCGACCCGAGCACACCAAGUCACUGCCGACUUUUUACCGCAAUCUGGAGGAGGCUCUUGACGUCAAGCGCGCCUCUGACAGCUUUUACUCCACACUUCCGACCACAGAUAGCGGCCUGGAUGGCAGCUCAGUCGACUUCAGCUCCGGGGAUGUCCUGUCCAUGGCCGGGAACUCACAGCACCGCGCCGAGUUCCUUGCCGAGCUCGACUCGCAUCCCGACUUCGCCCUGGGUACCACCAGCUCGAGGCUCCUGGACGGCAACUACCCCUACAUAGAGCAAGCCGAGUCGCACAUCGCAGCCUUCCACGGUGCCGAGACGGGCUUGCUCGUGGGCUCCGGGUUCGAGGCCAACCUGGCCAUCUGGACAACCAUCCCAAAGCAAGGGGACGUCAUUGUGUAUGACACGUUGGUCCAUGCGAGCACGAAUGACGGCAUAAGACAGUCGAUGGCCACGGACAGGGUCGCAUUCCCGCAUAGCGAUGUCGACGCCUUCCGAGACACGCUGCGGGACAUCCUGGCCACGCGGCCGCUGGUGCGCCAGGGGAAGCGGUCUGUCAUCGUUGCCGUCGAGGCGGUAUACAGCAUGGAAGGUGAUGUAUGUCCGCUGCAGGAACUCGUCGAAGCUGCGCAGGAUGUCUUCCAGGACCAUGAGGGCGGCAUACAGUUCGUCGUGGACGAGGCGCACAGCGUUGGCUUGAUAGGCCCCGAAGGGCGGGGGCUCGUCUGCGAGCUCGGGCUGGAGAAAGAGGUUGCCGUGAUUAUGCAUAGCUUUGGCAAGGCCAUCGGGGCCGCCGGGGCAAUCAUUCUCGGCAACAAAAUCAUCCGAGAUACAGUUAUAAAUUUCAGAAGGGCAAUCAUGUUCUCUACAGCGCCCACGUUCCCUUUUGUCGCCGCUAUAAUGUCUGGGUAUAAGGUGCUCAGCACAAAAGAAAAGGACCGGCAACACGUCCAGGACAUGGCCAGGCUGUUCUUUGAGCUUUUGACCUCGCAUCCCCUCUGGCCCGCAGCCAAGUCCAAGGGUAUCCUACGCGUCCCUCUGGCUGAUGGAUGGGAAGAGCGGGUGAUCAACACCCAUAUAAUCGCCAUCUCCACCAGGCCCAGGACUUUCUGGUGGAUGUACUAUCACCUCCUCUCGGCUUCAUUCCGCACCUUCCCGGCGACAUACCCGGCCGUACCACCGGGAGAGGAUCGCUUGCGCGUCAUCAUCCACGCUCACAACACGGAAGAGCAAAUCACGGGAUUUGUCGAUGCACUUUACGCAUGGGUGCAAGAAAUGAUGGACAUAGAGGCUGGAACUGCGGCAGCACCCGUGACCAAGGCGGCAAAGGAGGUGUACGAUUGGAUGAGACGGGAGCAGCUGUAUUCAAGGGGGGGUUGCUUCAUGAAUGAGGAUCCUGCUGCAUUCGAUGCCCCCUUCUUCUCCAUCACGGCCAAGGAGGCGGCUUCGAUGGACCCGCAGCAACGAUGGCUUCUCGAGACUUCUUACAGAGCUUUGGAAAAUGCUGGUAUUCCCUUGGAAAAAGCAGCAGGCACCAGUACAGCCGUCUAUGCUGCUUCUAGCACCGAAGACUACCUUAUGAUGAUUGCCAAAGACCCAGACCAUGCGCCGCAAAUGGUGUCCACCUCGACCAGCCCGAGUAUUCAGGCGAACCGCCUCAGUUGGUACUUCGACCUGAGAGGGCCCAGCAUCCAUGUCAACACUGCUUGUUCGUCCAGUAUGGUUGCCAUGGAUCUCGCAUGCCAGAGCCUGAGGAGCGGGCAGAGUUCCAUGGCCUUGGUGACGGCCGUCAACAGUAUGCUGAGCCCGGAAUGGUCCAUCUACAUGUCCAACAUGAAUUUCCUGUCGCCGGACAGUCGGUGCUACAGCUUUGAUCACCGCGCCAACGGCUAUGCAAGAGGAGAAGGCGUCAUUGUCCUCGUGCUCAAGAGGCUUUCCGAUGCCAUCAGGGACCGAGACACGAUUCGUGCCGUGAUUCGAGGGACGGGCUCCAACCAGGACGGCCGUACCCCUGCCCUUCCUCAACCCAGCCAGUCCGCCCAAGAGGCACUCAUUCGGCAGGUGUACAAGAGCUGCAGCUUGGGCUUCGAGACCACGCGCUACGUGGAAACCCAUGGAACCGGAACGCAAAUUGGAGACGUGACAGAAGCAACCGCACUAGGCCGGGUUUUCAGGGGCAGCAGUGGCUCAGUGAAGGGAAACAUCGGUCAUCUAGAAGGAUGUAGCGGUCUGGCCGGCAUCCUCAAAAGCAUCAUGAUACUCGAGACAGGAAUCAUCCCUCCAAACGCCUCGUUCGAGAAGCUGAACCCCAAGAUCAAAGCCAAGUUGUACCACAUGGAGGUUCAAUUCCCUACUACUGGCGCUCAUAAGGUGCCUACUUCUUGCAUCCCUUGGCCAACCCAGGGCCUGCGACGGAUCUCGGUCAAUUCCUUUGGCUUUGGCGGAGCCAACAGUCACAUCAUCCUCGAUGAUGCCCUCCAUGCCAUUGAGGCUCUUGGGCUCGUAGUCAAUCAUCGCACCCUCGCCUCCGCCGGCCUUCUUACCCGUGCGCCUGAGAAACUAGCCAACAGGACCGGGACCAACGGUGCGGACCGCCUGAACGGGGUGAACCAUCACGCAGACCCCGAAACCAGGGCAACGAGCAAAGAAGUGGCCCCGGGAUACCGGUUACUGACAUGGUCAGCUCGAGACGAAGCGGCGCUGAAACGAAUGUUGCAUCUGUAUGACGGGUUUAUCAAAGCCCAAAUGCAUUGUGAUGCUACCUUUCUCGGUGAUCUUGCCUACACGCUUGCCGCCCGCCGGAGUCUCAUGACUUGGAGGUCCUUCUCCGUUGUGGACGUCGAGGCGGCGCCAGAGACCUUGAACAUCUCUGCUAUGAAAUGCGAGCGCGCGGCACGCGAGAAUGGAGUGGCCUUCAUCUUCACCGGCCAGGGCGCGCAGUACGCCAACAUGGGAAUGGAGUUGCUCCGCUACCCGAUCUUCCACGCCACACUCGCCGAGGCUGACGCCAUCUUUCAAGAAUUGGGAGCUGAAUGGUCGCUAUUCGAUGAACUCAGAGACCAAGCGCGGAUCAACAACCCAGAGUUCAGUCAGCCUCUAUGCACCGCGCUCCAGAUCGCCCUGGUGGAACUGCUGGGAAGUUUCAAUAUCUUCCCAGAUGUCGUAGUCGGACAUUCAUCGGGAGAGAUCGCGGCAGCGUACAGCGCUGGAGCCCUCUCCCUCUACUCUGCCUGCACGGUUGCCUAUCACAGAGGCCGUCUGGCUGGGCGGGUAGCGGCGGCAUCUGCGCAGCAGCCAGGGGCCAUGAUGUCUGUGAAUCUUAGCGAGUCCGAAGCAGAGUCCUGCUUGGCAAAGGCGUCGCCGCCGGGACGCGUUUCUGUUGCGUGCAUCAACAGCCCGACCAACGUCACGCUGUCCGGCGAUGAGGUUGCCAUUGACCAGCUGCAAGCAGGCUUCGAAAGAGAUGGCGUCUUUGCAAGGAAGCUCCGAACCGGCGUAGCCUACCACUCGCCCGCCAUGCACCCCGUCGCGGGGGAGUACCUGUCCAGCCUGGGUCGUCUCAAGCCGCGAGAGCUGCCAGGCGGCAACAUGAAUCCUCUCAUGGUGUCCAUAGUCACAAGUCAGAAGGUCGCAACAAUCAACCUGCUGAACCCCCAAUACUGGGCUGACAACCUGGAAUCACCCGUACGGUUUGCUGACGCACUGCAAUACGUUGUCCACACGGCGCCCAAGGUAGACGGCCUCAAACCCAUCACUGACUACCUCGAGAUCGGACCCCACGGAGCGUUGCAGCGGCCCGUACGCGAUUGCCUGACACACGCUGGCAACAGCACGGCCCGAUACGCGUCAGUACUGUCGAGGCAGGACUCCCCGCUGAAAACCAUUCUGCAGCUGGUUGGUCAGCUGUUCACCUGUGGACAUGGAGUUUCCAUCACGGCGGCGAACCAGCAGGACGGCCCUUCUCCGGCCGCCAAGCUUGUGGUAGACGGUCCUGAGUACCCAUUUGACAGGACGCAGACAUACUGGUAUGAACCUAGGUCUAGUCGUGACUGGCGGCUCCGUGAAGGGUCUUCGGGGAGCCUUUUGGGCUUGCGUACCAGCGACUGGAACCCACUGCAACCACGUUGGCGGAAAAUGCUCACUGUCGAGGAGGUUCCUUGGGUGGCUGAUCACGUUGUGGGCAAUACCAUCGUUUUCCCAGCGGUGGGCUCACUUAUAAUGGCUAUGGAAGCUGUCAGGCAAACUGCCAGCAGCAGCCAACAAGCCAUCCGGGGCUACCUCGUGAAGGAGGCCACCUUCACGAGCCCCAUUGUCGUCACCCCAGGACAGACGACAGAGGUCAUGACGCAUCUCCGUCCAGUACAACAGAUGUAUGAGAGAUCUUCCACCCGGUUCGAAAUUGAGAUCUUCUCGUAUGGGGAGAGCUACUGGAGAGCCUGCUGCAAAUGCAUCAUUCAUGUCGAGUUUGAACAAGAGUCCCGAGGCCAAGUACUAGGCGGCGGACAAGAGCUCCAGAUUCUCAGCGAUUCGCUGGCUCGCAAAUACGCCGAUACAAGAAGCAAGGCCGAUGUGAAGAUCACCCGUUCCGAUUUCUAUCGUUGGCUCCAGGAGAACAGCUUUCGUUACGGACCGACCUUUUCUCUCAUCACCGACGAGGUUUGCUGGGAUGGGAACGAUCUCGCCGUUGCCCACGUCAGCGUUGGACCUCCAGUUGAGGGGUUUGAGGAGGGCCUUGUCCAUCCCGGCGUCCUCGACUCAUUUUUGCAGGUCUGCCCUAUCGUGCCAUCGCGAGGAAUGACGACAAAUGUCCCGACUUCGAUCCCGCACAAGAUAAAGAACGCCUGGAUAGCCGCGACCGGGUGGAAGAAUCCGUGUACAAACCGCGUCAAAGUCUUGGCAGAGGCGAAGCUCAAGCACGCUGGCGCUGGUCUUGACUGCGAGAUAGCCGUCUUGUCGGAGACAGGCGUACUUCUUUGCCACAUCAAACGGCUAGAGAUGUCGCCGGUCAUGGAGCGUGAAAUUGGUAUCGAGAAGAGCGGAAGGAGGAGUUUACUGCACCAUAUCGACUGGAAGCCCCACCUGUCAUUGUGUACCCUACAACAGCCCAAUCGCUUGCGUACUGCCACGGGAAAAUCAGGGGAGCACGAAGAUGCAGCCGUCCACGACAGGGUCGAGCUGGAGAAAACCCUUUGGUCUGUAGCGCAGCAGAACAUUGACAGCCUUCGGGGUACCGAUUGGGAGAAAAUGCCAGCCCAUAUGAAAAAGUAUCUCUCUUGGUUAGAACGCCAGCUUCAUGAAAAACCAAGCAAAGACGCCCCUGAAGCCAGCGAUCUUACCACCAGGUUGCAAGAUCUUGGCAUGAGGCGACCAUCGUGGAGGAUGUUCACAGAGGUAGCACAGAACCUUGUCGCCAUAGUCCACGGAGAACCACACGAGCUCGAGUUAUCCAUCUCAUCAACUUUAUUCCAGGAUUGUCUCGAUGACAUGGUGUCUGCAGUCUGCAACCCGGAUCUCGAGGCGUAUCUCGGACUGUUGGCUCACCGGAAGCCUACCCAGAGAAUCCUCGAGGUUGGCGCUCGCAGAGGCGUCCUCACAAGCUUCGUGCUUUCGGUCUUUCGGAGCAUUGAAGCUCGUACGGGAGGGAUAGCGUUCUCCGAGUAUGUCUAUUCGGAUACGUCGACAAUCUCGGUCGACGACGCCAGGCAGCGAUUUGCUGAGUACCAAGACCGCGUGGACUUCAUGUGUCUUGACGUCAACCAAGACCUCGUGGCGCAAGGGUUGCAGCCUUCCAGCUAUGAUGUGAUCUUCGCAGCAGGUAGCGUACGAGGAGAGAAGGACAUCGGUGCCAUUCUUCAAAAUCUUCGACGCGUGCUGAUCCCGGGUGGCCAGCUCGUCCUCCACGACAUCACCGCCCCCGACUGCUUCGAAAUAGGCUUCGGCUUCGGCGUCACUGCGGACUGGUGGCGUGGCCGAGAAGACGACCUCGACUGGGAUCGAGCGACGAUGACGGCCUCUCAAUGGGAUGCAGUCCUGAAGAAUAAUGGCUUCUCAGGGACCAACCUAGUCAUCAGGGACUACCAGAACGAUGCUGCGCAUCGCUCAAGCCUCAUUGUGUCGAGCGAAGCGGCUCACCCAGGCCCUCUACAUGCAGGUACCAGGGUUCUGAUUGUGGUGGCGGAUGGCGACGACUUCCAAAAGUCGCUUGCGGAGAGCGUCCUUCGGAGCCUGAACACAGACUGGAUCUCCCGAAUGCACACGCUCAAUGAGAUGGCAGAUGAGAAACUCGACUCAGGCGACUAUGUCAUCUGUCUCGCGGACGUCUACCGGCCGUUCCUCCAGCCCAUGAGCCAGACAACGCUGAACACGGUUCGAAACUGGGUGCGGCAGUCGACGAACCUGUUCUGGGUUACUGCAUACGAUGCCGAGAGCACCGCGCUUGCGUCGUCGGCGGCCUACGCGGGCAUUAAGGACGGGCUCCUCCGCACAUUACGCUCUGAGUAUUCUCUUAACCGCAUCGUCUCUCUCACUGUCGGUGAUAGCACCCGUGACGUCGUCGCCUGCUCGAAAUACGUAUCGACUGUCUUCGAGUCAGCCUUUGGAGGGAUCAGCGCUGAUGUCGAAUAUGCUGUCCGUGACGGCCUGGUCUUGACUGGGCGACUGGUGGAGGAUAUCGACAUCAACCAAGACCUCAUUUCGUCUCUAGUCCCGCAAGCCAUCACUGAACCUUGGCUGCCAGGGCCGCCGCUCACACUGGCAAUCCAAACUCGUGGGCAGCUCGAGACUCUGCAGUUUCGAGAGGACGUCGCCUAUUAUGACGAGCUAGGCCCAACAGACAUCGAGGUGGAAGCCAAGGUUUGGGGCGUCGGCUUCCGUGACGUAUUUCUUGCCCUAGGCCGCCUGGACGAAGAUGAUUUUGGGGCCGACUGCGCAGGCAUAGUCACAAGAGUGGGAGCCGACGUCCAGUCAGUCAAGGUCGGGGACCGUGUCUGCAUGCAGACAACGGACUGCAUGAAAACCUACCCCAGGGCGCACGAAUGGCUCACGGCCAAGAUCCCAGACUCCGUCUCGUUCGAAGACGCUUGCGCCGUCGUCAUACCCGGCAUGACCGCGCUGCAGUCGCUAGUCGAGGUCGCGCGCCUGCAAAAAGGCGAGAAAGUAUUGAUCCAUUCCGCAUCGGGAGGUACCGGCCAGGUGGCCGUCCAGGUCGCGCGAAUGGUUGGGGCUGAGGUCUUUACAACGGUGGGAUACGACCACAAGAAGCAGCUCCUCAUGGACCUGUACGGGGUGCCUGCCGAUCACAUCUUUUACAGCAGAGACACCAGCUUUGCUCAAGGGGUUAUAAGGAUGACGAACGGUUAUGGCGUUGACGUGGUUCUAAACUCGUUAGCAGGCGAAUCGUUACGUGCUUCGUGGGAUUGCAUUGCUCCUUACGGAAGGAUGAUCGAGAUCGGCAAGGCCGAUAUAGACGCCAACGCAUCGCUGCCCAUGGCUCGCUUCGCAAAGAAUGCCCUGUACGCAGGCGUGGAUCUCCUACACAUAGUAAAGGACAUGAACAAGAAGGAGCUGGGGCACAAGCUUCUGCAGAAGACGAUGGAUCUGGCCAGGGAUGGAAGGAUCCGGGCGCCGAGACCACUACAUGCCUACAACGUGGACUCGGUGGAGGAGGCUUUUCGUUAUCUCGCGAGUGGCAAGAAUACAGGUCGGAUCGUGAUCCGAAUCGAUUCGGCAACGACUGUCCAGAAACAGGUGAUAAAGCGGAGAACUUGGAAGUUUGACGAGAACGCUACGUACCUCGUGGCAGGGGGUCUCGGUGGCAUCGGCCGUUCCAUCCUCAGAUGGAUGGUCGCGAGAGGGGCGAAAUACUUGCUUGUCCCAUCGAGGUCAGGGGCUGCCUCCCCCGCCGCGUCCGAGGUUGUGCGUGAGCUUCCUGGUCGGGGCGUCGUCGUAUCAACUCCGAAAUGUGACGUAUCUUCGAAAGAAUCCCUCUCACACAUGCUCCAAGAGUCUACCGCGACUCUUCCCCCGAUCCGAGGGUGCAUCGUUGCGACCAUGGUCCUGAACGAUUGCACGUUCGAGAACAUGACCCUGGCACAAUGGGAGCAGACCUCGCGUUCCAAGGUCGAAGCGUCGUGGAACCUCCACACCAUGCUUCCCAAUCUAGAUUUCUUCAUCCUACUUUCCUCCGUCUCCGGCGUGGUCGGAAACCCGGGCCAGAGCAACUACGCAGCAGGCUGCACCUUUCAGGACGCCCUAGCGCGGCAUCGCAGCAGUGGCGGCCAGAAAGCCAUAUCCAUCGACCUCGGCGUCAUGCGCAGCAUCGGCGUCGUCGCCGAAACGGAGCGGCUCCAGCGGCACCUCCUCCAGAACUCUCGAGGAUUCGUCCCAAUCGAGGAAGCCGAGUUCCUGUCCCUGCUCGACAUCUGCUGCGACCCCUCGUACCACCCAGGAUCCCACCAGUGUCAGAUGGUAAUGGGCCUCGAGACGCCAGCCAGCCUCCUCCUCGCGCGAUCACUCGACGAGCCACUGCCCGAAAUCCUGCAACGGCCGCUCUUUGCCCGCUUCAGCCAGCUCCCUGGCAGCCGGGCCGGCGGCAGCAGCAGCAACAACAGCAGCAGUGACGACGCCGCGAGGCUCUUCCGGCAGGCCGGAUCGGCGACUGAGCGGGCCCGUGUGGUCGUCGAUGCGCUUUCGAAGCGGCUGGCGCGGACGCUGUCGAUCAAGCUCGAGGACGUCGACACGCACCAGGCGCUGCACGCGUACGGCGUCGACUCGCUCGUCGCCGUCGAGCUGCGUAGCUGGCUGGGCAAGGAGUUCGCGGCCGACGUGCCCGUGUUUGAGAUUGUCAGCGGCAAGACGAUUGAGGCGGUUGGGGAGCUGGUGGCGAAUAGCAGUCGGAUUGAGAUGAGAGGGUAG